CAGGAUAUUUCGUCACCGGUCUUCUUUGUUUCACCCGACCGGAGGAGACGAGAAAACCAAGAAGACGAAGGAAGGAGAGGGACGGAGGAGAGGCGACGACGAAGGGCAGAGAGAGGCGAAUUGCGAACAGCCUAAUAAUUCCCUCUGCCUUCUCGAUCCCGACGAGAGCCGAGGCGCCAUGUGAGAGCCCUAAUUCACCCUACCCACGGCGACGUCUGCGGAUCCUGCCCGAUCUCCGCCGGCGAAGAACAAUUAGGGAAGAGGAGAAGGAGGGGAGGUGAAGGGAUCCGAGGGAUUUUGCGGAGAGCGGCGGUGCAAUGGGGAACAAGAUCGCGAGGACCACCCAGGUGUCCGCGACCGAGUACUACCUCCACGACCUCCCAUCCACCUAUAACCUGGUGCUUGUGGAGAUUCUAGGCCGGGGACGCUUCUUCAAGUCCAUCCUCUGCAAGCAUGACGAGGGCCUCGUUCUUGUCAAGGUCUACUUCAAGCGCGGCGACCCCCUCGACCUCAAGGAGUAUGAGAGGAGGUUGGCUCAGAUCAGGGACAUCUUCCAAUCCAUGCAACAUCCCCAUGUUUGGCCAUUUCAAUUCUGGCUGGAGACUGAUAAGGCAGCUUAUCUCUUGAGGCAAUAUUUCUUCAGCAACCUUCAUGAUCGGCUGAGCACGAGGCCCUUCCUCAGCCUUAUUGAAAAGAAGUGGCUUGCUUUUCAGUUACUCUGUGCUGUGGAGCAGGGUCACAACAAAGGAGUUUGCCAUGGUGAUAUCAAGUGUGAGAAUGUUCUUGUUACUUCUUGGAAUUGGCUAUAUCUUGCCGACUUUGCAUCUUUCAAGCCAACAUACAUACCGGAUGAUGACCCUUCAGAUUUUUCAUUCUUCUUUGACACUGGUGGGAGGAGGCGAUGUUAUCUCGCACCUGAGAGAUUUUAUGAUCAUGGAAGUGAAUCACAAGUUGCAGCGGAUGCACCUUUAAAGCCAUCUAUGGACAUCUUCUCACUGGGGUGUGUUAUUGCUGAGCUUUUUCUGGAGGGGCAACCAUUAUUUGAGUUAUCCCAGCUACUUUCAUAUCGCCGAGGGCAAUAUGACCCUAGUCAAUACCUUGAAAAGAUACAAGAUGAUGGAAUCCGGAAAAUGAUACUUCACAUGAUUCAGUUGGACCCAAAUGCAAGGCUAACAUGUGAAAGUUAUUUGCAAAAUUAUGCGUCUUCUAUAUUUCCGAAUUAUUUUGCACCAUUUCUUCACAAAUUCUUUUCUUGUCUGGUUCCUCUUGACUCGGAUACAAGGGUUGCAGCCACACAAAGCGCCUUCCAGAAGAUACAUGAGCAAAUGAUGAAUUUUAGAUCAUCUGAGGACAUUGUUUCUGAUCCAUCCACUUGUUCAAAAUCCACAGAUGAUGAAGGUUUUCAACAUACAGAAGGUGGGAGACAAAGCAUGCAAUCGGCAAGAGGGAAUGAAAGAGGGAAGUUGGAGAAAGUCACAGUUGCUGACCAUAUACAGCUUGUUGGAGAUAUUACUUCACUUCUCAAGGAUGCAGAAAACAUAAGCCGUAAAACACAUUCGGAUGUAGCACAGAGAAAAUCUACAUUGAUCUCCUCAAAUGACUCUGACGCCGCCUGCACUCCAUUUUCUAAACAAUUUAUGCAUUUGAAAGAACAGGCUUUAGGUGAUUCCAAAGGACAUAAGCAGAAAGAAACAAUUUUUUUAAGAAAGAUCCUUAAAAGUGACUUGGACGCUCUGAUGGAUGAAUAUGAUAGCCAGACAGAUACAUAUGGCAUGCCGUCUUUUCCAGGGUCAGAGUGUAAAGUCAGCUGCGAAGGCAUGGUCCUAAUUGCAUCUUUAGUUUGCUCAUGCAUAAGAAGUGUAAAGCAACCACAGCUGAGGAGGGCUGGUCUUAUUUUACUAAAGACUUCUUCCUCAUACAUUGAUGAUGAAGAUCGUUUGCAACAUGUACUUCCAUAUGUUAUUGUGAUGCUCUCUGAUCCAGCUGCAAUUGUGCGUUGUGCUGCUCUUGAAACAUUGUGUGACAUUUUGCCUUCAGUCCAAGACUUUCCUCCGAGUGAUGCAAUGAUAUUUCCCGAGUAUAUUCUUCCAAUGCUUUCCAUGCUUCCUGAUGAUCCAGAAGAAAGUGUUAGGAUAUGUUAUGCAAGUAACAUUUCUAAGAUUGCAAUGACUGCUUAUAGAUUCUUGAUUCGCUCCGAGCACAUAUCUGAUGGAGUACCUCUUGAUAGAUCUGGUCUAGUUCAAAAAUCGCAAUCCCUUCCUAUGGAAUCACCAAGAAAGAAGCAAGGCCAUAAAGUUGAUGGUCAGCUUGUGCAGUUGAGAAAAUCCAUAGCUGAAAUUGUGCAGGAAUUGGUAAUGGGUGCAAAGCAAACUCCAAAUAUCCGUAGAGCUCUCCUGCAAGAUAUUGGUCGUCUUUGUUAUUUCUUUGGGCAGAGGCAUAGUAAUGACUUGUUGUUGCCCAUCCUACCAGCAUUUCUUAAUGAUCGAGAUGAGCAACUUCGAGCAGUUUUUUACGGGCAGAUAAUUUUUGUCUGCUUUUUUGUCGGUCAAAUAAGUGUUGAGGAAUACCUUUUGCCCUAUAUCGAACAGGCGUUGAGCGAUGAAAUGGAGGCUGUAAUUGUGAAUGCUUUAGAAUGCUUAUCCAUGUUGUGCAAGAGUGGUUUUCUACAGAAAAGGAUGCUUCGUGGGCUGAUUGAGAAAGCUUUUCCUUUGUUAUGUUAUCCAAUCCAAUGGGUUAGAAGGUCAGCUGUCACUUUUAUUGCUGCCAGCAGCGAGAGCUUAGGACCAGUAGAUUCCUAUGUUUAUCUUUUUCCAGUUUUGCGCUCUUUCUUCCACAGAGAGCCAACUUCUUUAUCUUCUGAGACAUCCCUCCUUUCAUGUCUGAAGCCUCCAGUCAGUAAGACGGUAUACUAUCAAGUUGUGGAGAAUGCAAGGAGUCCUUACAUGUUGGAAAGACAAAGAAAAAUAUGGUAUUGCAGAUCCUCCAAUUCAAACCAGUGGGAAACUGUUGAACAUACUAGGAAGGUAGCAGGUGAUGUAAAAUCUAUUAAGAGUCCUGUCAAAAGAGAAUCCAAUGCACAAAGUGGCAAAUAUGUCAAUAGUAUUACACAGAAUUCGCCUCUACCUAUCAUUGAAGAUGUUGCCAUAAGAACAGGGACUCCCUUCCAAAGUACCUCUGGUUCAGUGGACAUAAGAGACUCUCUUUCAUCUGAAAAAUUGCAAUUCUCUGGCUUCAUCUCCGCGCAAAUCACAGCAAGAAAUAAUUAUCUUUGUGAUGGGCCUGGUGAAGGCAUACCCUUGUAUUCUGUUUGUGUGGAUAAGCGCACAGCUGGAGUGUCUGUAGGUUCUGAAUCUUCAAUGAACUGGAAUCCUAAAGGGGUUGCUGCUUCAUGCAUGCCUUGGCUGGAGCCUGUUAACAAGCAGUUUGGCUUAUCAAGUUCAGUUCCUCCUAAACUUGUUUCAAGCUCUUUUUUUAACAUCAGCAACAAUGUCAAGCAAGUCCAAAAGCCAGCACAAGAUCCAGAAGCCAGGGACUCUGAGCAAUCUGCUUAUGUGACCAGCAAGUUCCAGGAUAUUACUGUUUGUGACACUCUAAAGGGAAGCUCGUCUAUGGCUGGAGAUGAUGCCUCACAGUCUGAUUUAGGUGGGUUGUCUGCCUUAGCAAGAGCAUCUUCAAUUCCUGACACAGAAUGGAAGCCUCGUGGAGUUCUUGUUGCACACCUCCAGGAGCACCGUUCUGCUGUGAAUGAUAUAGCCAUUUCAAAUGACCACACCUUUUUCAUAAGUGCAUCAGAUGAUUCCACUGUUAAGAUAUGGGAUACUAGAAAGUUGGAAAAGGACAUCUCUUUUCGAUCUAGGUUAACUUAUUCUCUUGAUGGUAGCCGGGCUUUAUGUGCAACUAUGCUUCGAGGCACUGCACAAGUAGUUCUUGGUGCAAGUGAUGGAAGAGUUCACUUGUUUUCUGUGGAUUAUAUAUCUAGAGGGUUUGGUAAUGUAAUUGAAAGGUACUCGGGUGUUGCUGAUAUCAAGAAGAGAGAAGUUGGUGAAGGCGCGAUUCUUAGCCUUCUAAACUGUUCUAGUGCAGAUAGCUGCAUAAGUCAGACUGUUUUGUUCAGCACCCAGCGUUGUGGGGUCCAUCUUUGGGAUACAAGGAUGAACUCAGAAGCUUGGACAUUCAAAGCUGUUCCUGAUGAGGGAUAUGUCUCAUCUCUCGUAAUGGGUCAAUGUGGGAAUUGGUUUGUGUCGGGUUCUUCAAGGGGUUUUCUGACACUAUGGGAUCUCAGGUUCCUUUUGCCUGUUAACUCCUGGCAGUACCCCACUGUAUGCCCUGUGGAAAAGUUAUGCUUGCUAAUUCCACCAGCCAAUUCCUCGUCUACUGUCACAAGGCCGUUAGUUUAUGUUGCUGCUGGGCAUAAUGAGGUCUCCCUCUGGAAUGCAGAGAAUGGAAGUUGCCAUCAGGUGCUGAGAGUAGCUAGUGGUGAGAAUGAAGCUGAAACAUCCAAUGUUACUCGAGCACUGGCAAGGCCUUCUAGCAAACAAAGUUCAAAACCAGAUGGGAAACGUGGUACCAGUUCCAAAUAUAGGACUGAUGAGUUGAAUGAACCUGCCCCUCGUCUUCAGGGUAUCCGCUCAUUGCUUCCCUUACCUGGAGGAGACCUGUUAACUGGUGGAACAGACUUGAGGAUACGAUACUGGGAUCAUUCUAGUCCUGAUCAUAGUUACUGUGUAUGCGGUCCAUCAACAAAAGGUGUCAGGAAUGAUGAGUACUACGAUAUAAGGUCUAGCUUUGGCAUACAAGUUGUUCAGGAGAUGAACAAGAGGCCUGCUGCAUCCAAGUUGGCCCAGAAGGCACUUCUCUCAAUGGCAGCUACCGAUUCUGCCGGGUGCCACCGCGACUCAGUGCUUUCAUUAGCAUCCGCCAAGUUGAGCCAAAGACUACUGAUAUCCAGUAGCAGAGAUGGUGCAAUCAAGGUCUGGAAAUAAGAACUGGAGAAAAACAAUUAGAUUGUGAAGAUUGCGUUGUACAUAUGUAGAUACAUGAAUAUGGACAAUUAGAUCUAAAGGCAUGUGGAUAACCAUGUGCCCAAAAAGUUGAAAGUUACUCUUCUUUCGUUCAAAGUGAAUUUAGAUAUGUUUUCGCGGAGUUGCAAGUUUUGGCUUAUAAUUUAAUUGGUCAAUUGCUGCAUGUACCUGAGUCUGAUUACAUUAAUCUACAAAGGAGUUAAUACAUCUCUUCGCAGUUGAUGGAGUA